CAAGGAGGCGUGCCUAAUGGGAGUGACAUGAAUACUAGACGAUGAUUGGAUUUUCAACCUCACCAAGACCUCCCUGAUUACUUUUUUCAAAAGAGGAAGUAAGUGUAUUUUGCUGUGACUUGACAUGGCGUCUGGAGGUGUUUGGAAAUUAAUUCGUCCCUGUAACCUUGUAAGUAGUCGAAUCCAAACGUGUUCAUUGCACUGUUCCUUUAUUAUUUGUGCAUCUUGCCACGGCAUAAACCACUUGCUUUGUCUUUCUAGCUAAGAUCACCUGUCUCUCUGCAGUGGAGUUGACUUUCUUUCGUGUACAUGCAGGCGUCUCUUCGAUAUGUGGGGAGCGCGUUGUGGCAGCAGAUGGCACCUAUAGCCGUGGGGGCCGCGGCGACCAGUAGACAGUUCUCCAGCGAUGCUCCCCCGGAGAACAUUAGCCGAUACCCGGUUCCAAACAAGAAAGACCUGCCAUUCGACAUGGUGGAACUAAUGGAGGAGGUGGAGACCAAGGUAGGAUGCAGAAUAUUUUCAGAUCUAUGUAACCUCUAAUGUUCCUGCUAUGAAACAACACAACUGUGGGGGGAAAUGGAUCUCUAUGUACAUGGUAAUAUCAGUGUGUUCUGCUCCUUAACAGGGAGGAUUCCUUCCCAAUGUCUUCAAGGUCCUGGCACAUCGUCCAGCAGAGUUCCGCGCUUUCUUUUCCUAUUACAACGAAUUGAUGAACAAGGAGACAGGUGUGAGUGUAUGUGUGUUAGAGAGAGAGAGAAACAGUGCCUUCAGAAAGUAUUCACACCCUUUUUCACAAAAUGAAAAACGGAAAUGUCUUCAGUCAAUAAGUUUUCAACCCCUUUGUUAUGGCAAGCAUAAAUACGUUUGGGAGUAAAGAUUUGCUUAACAAGUCACAUAAGUUGUAUGGACUCACUCUGUGUGCAAUAAGUGUUUAACAUGAAUUUUGUAUAACUACCUCAUCUCUGUACCCCACACAUACAAUUAUCUGUAAGGUCCCUCAGUCGAGCAGUGAAUUUCAAAGAGUGUAUGUCCGUGUUGCUCUGUCAUGUCAGGGGGACUGACGAAGGCUGACAGGGAGCUGAUUGUGGUCGCCACCAGUAUCCACAACCAGUGUCUCUACUGUGUCGUGUCCCACAGUGCACUGCACCGCAUCUACUCCAAGAAACCCACACUGGCUGACCAGGUACAUUCUUAUCUCGUUUAUUUCUCUCCUGAUCUGUUCUCUCAGGUCCACUGGUGUGCACUGUAAAACUGUCAUACUGUAUGCCAGUAUGAUCUUACACACUAAUCUUGUGGAGGUGUGAGUUGUUUGUCAAGCAGUUGAUACAAUCUGAGUGAUCUAUCUAGCCUGAUUUUUAAAUGUGCUAGUCAUCAACCACAUAAGUAUAAAAGGUGCAAACCUCAACUCACCCACUGUCACCUCCCUUCUAAAUGUGUUUCUAUUUGAACUCUUUCUCCCCCUGGCCCUCAUCCCCAGGUGAUAGUAAACUAUGAGAAUGCAGAGCUGUCCCCUCGGGAGCGGGUCAUGCUGGACUUCGCCCUGGCCGUUUGUCGCAGCGACACCAUCACCGACCAGCACUUUCUGUCCCUGGAGGAAGUGGGCUUUGACCGUGAGGACGCCUGGGACAUCGCCGCCAUCGCUGCUUUCUUCGCCAUGUCCAACCGGCUGGCCCACCUGACCGACAUGAGACCCAACGCAGAGUUCUACAACAUGGGCCGUAUGCCCCGGGACAAGACCAAGGGGGAGGGAGAGGGCAAGUAGUGAGGUGACAAGGGAUACAGAAAACAUCACACAGACUUUAAGUUCCUUCCUAUUGAUUUUAUUGGUGAGCUAACCACAUAGACUCAGUGGAGGCCAGGGGACCUACCUAAGCGUGUGAUAUCAUAUGUGACUGUUUAGUGCCGGUCUGCCACACUAUCUACAGUAGAACCUGUUAAUGUUACUUUGCAGAGUUCUGUAGGCUCAAUUAUUAACUGAGGAUUUUGAAAUGUUAGAUAUGUUAAAUGGAGUUUGGAGUGCAAAUGUGUGUCUUCUAGUGUGUGUGCAAAUCAGGAUGUAUAUUUCUGUAAAUAUUCACUCUAGGAAAGGUGUUUGUUCUCUUUGGGAAGUGUGUGUCUCGGUCUGGUAGUCAGGCAGUAACACUCGGUAACGUAAUGGAACACUCACUGCUAUGCAUUGAAAAUCCUUAUGUUUUCUAAAUAAAGAAUAUACAUCUUCUAUUCUA